UCCAGAAUCCUGCCUGGGAUUUGGGCUGAAAAAACUCUAAUUUCAAAUACUCCGACAUUCCAUCGACUUCUUUUAACAACUAUGAGCGAUUCAAUAAAUUCACAAAGUAAUAACAACCUAGACAUUUCGACAAUCGCAGUUAACAAGCUUGAAUCCAUUGAGUUUGAAGUGACUCCGUCAAAUACAACAAAUUUAAUAUCAAAUAACUCGUUACCAGCUGUGGCGUCUGUAUUGACAAAUACCCUAUCCAGCAUGUCACAAAACACAUUUAGUUCAGUCGAAACAGAUUCUGUUAGUACAACGACAAUUGUUGAACCAAUCAAACAACAGCAACCAACAGAGGACGAUACUACGCAAAUUUCAGAAUCAAAAAAGGAAGCAGGCGAAUUGACCCAAUCAGCGGAAACACCAGUCCAAAAAGGAGGACGAGGAUCAAGAAAGUCGUAUCAAACAGCUACUCCAGUACAAUUAGAACUGCUAGUGAAAGGUCAUCUUACUGAAGAACUAUCCAUCUCGGCUGCUGCGCGACGUGCUGGCAUUCCUCGAUCAACUGCAGCAGCUUUAAUGAGAAAAUACAAGGCAAACCAAGGCUUUCUUCCUCGACGAAGGCGCGGUCGAACUGCUCCUCCCAAAUUGUUACCCGAACAUACCUCGUGGAUCGAUAACUUUUUACAGAGGCAAGAAGAUGCUACACUUGAGACCAUCAAAACUGAAUUAUUACUUGCAUUUCCUUCCCUUACACAUAUUUCCAUCUCUGGGCUUCAGCGGCAUAUCACUCUAAAAUGUACUCGUAGUUUGAAACGCGCAAGACGGUGACUCCAAUCAUCAUCAAGACAAACUUCCUUUAGUGUACCCUUCGUUGAUUCCAUAUAUAAAAAAUUAAUGAUAAAAUAAAAU